CAUUUUCGGAGACGGAGGGUGCAUGUUCAAUUUUAGCAGGGGCAUGCACAGGCUCUGAACACAUACUACAAGGCCAAACAGGGCACCGGAAAAGGUGGACGCCGAAGAGGGCCACGCUGCAUGCGCGCCAUGAAUGCCAUUUCCGGCCACCGCUAUCUCCGCCCGUUCCUCCUCGCCUCCUACUAGUUUCUUCGUCGCUCUCCCCUUCUUCUUCCCCCCUCCGAUCAUCCAAUGAUCGCAGAAGAGUAGUAUAAGACAACGAUCGAACGAAUAAACCCAAUAAGUCUCACGCAGCAGUGGGUGCAACAUGGCUGGAUCCUACGCGGCUACGGCGCUGGCGGCAGCGGGGAGAUGCGCGCCCGGGUUCCGCGCGCCGGCGGUCGACGGGCCGAGAACGCACCGGUGGGCGCCACCCCCGACGCGCUUCGGCGCCGGUCGCCGCCUGCACGCGGCCGUUUCCUCCCGGCACCGCCGACGUGUGGUCGCCGCCGCCUCCCAGAAUGGCGGGAAGUUUGGCCUGGGCGCCAACUCCGAACUCCAGGUUACCGUGAAGCCCGCGGGCUCGGCGGUGGAGGUCGAGCUGGUGGCGACCAACGCCGGCGGCGCGCUCGCGCUGCACUGGGGCGCGCUGCAGCAGGGGAGAAGGGAAUGGGUGCUGCCGGCCCGGAGGCCGGAGGGGACAAAGACGGUCGACGACGCCGCCCUCAGGACUCCCUUCAAAAGCGUGCGUUUUUGCCUUUUGUAG